UCCCCUUCUCCCUCCCUUCUUCUCUUCCCCCUCUCCCUUGCCUAUAACUUCCCACAGCUCAUUAGUCCGGCCCCAGUCAGGUCAAACUUUACCGUGCAGCCUAUCAGCGUGUUCCCUGGGUGAACCUCUCUCACACCUGUCCAGACCUAGCCGGCAGACACACGGUCACUGUGUCCUUCACGCUCACCGGUACCUUGGUCAUUCAACGCCUGUGGCAACAAUAAGGGUGGAAAAAAAAAUCAGCCAUUGAGUCUCAGAAGCUAGACCAUGAGGUGACGAAGGGGUCGGUGCGUCUCUCCGUCGCGACGAGCAUGGGGACCGAGAAGUGGAAGUUGGGGCACAGCCCUGCAUUUGGGGGUUGCCUAACUAGACCGCUGCUGCCACUGCUACUACUACUACUGCUGCUGUUACUGCCGCAGCUAGGGACAUGUCAGGCGUCGUGUCCAACACAAGAGACCCCAAACACUCUGACGGAGCCCCGCUAUGGGUCCCUGCCCAGCUUGGAUGUGAACAGUGGCUUCAUGACGGGGAUCGUGCAGUCUUUCCUGGGUCUCGUCCAGCCUAAUCCUUUUCCUAAAGAGUUGUUGUUCAGAGUUAUAGAGGACACGUCACAGAUCGAGGACGAAGCGACGAUAAAAGAGGUGCUCCGCUAUGAGAUCGGCUUCCUGGUGUGCGUGGCCAUCGGCCUCCUCUACAUCCUGCUCGUGCCCUUGGUGGGCUUCUGCCUGGCCUGCUGUCGUUGCUGUGGCAACUGUGGGGGCCACAUGUACCAGAAGCAGACGCGCCGCAUCGACUGCAGGAGGAGAGGCCUGUACUGGGCCACACUCGUCACCACACUCAUAUUACUGGCAGGCAACAUCUGCAUGUUUUUCAGUAAUGAGUCGACUAAGAAGAGCAUGGAGGAUAUCCCUCGGAGACUCACGACCACUCUGGACAACCUCAACACGUACCUGUCUUCAGUACCAGAGCAAAUAACGUCUGUGGUGAAUGAGAGCUCCCUGACUGUGGACACCGUUAGCAACAACUUAAACGACAUCGGCCCCUUGCUCGGCGCUGAGAUUCAGAAGGGGGUGGGGGGGCCCCUAAAGCCUGCGCUGGAUUCUGUCAAGAGCUUGGACCAAGCGGUGGACGGCACCAGCGGGGGGCUGACCCACCUGAAUGGCAGUCUCGUGCAGCUGCAGUCACACCUGGAUGUCCUGCAGGCCAACCUGACCGCCGUGCGGGACCGCAUCAACAGCACGCUUCGGAACGCAAGCUGUCUGGGUUGCAGCGGACUGCAGUCCGAGCUGGAGCAGCUGUCUGUGGACACGACCAUUAAGACCCCUGGUUUGAGUGAGCUUCAGUCAGCGCUUGAUGAGGCACAGGAGGCCAACCUGGGCUCCAUAGCGACGGAGGGCGAGGACUUCUUUGACGCUAUACCAGAGAAGGUGACAAAUGAAACCAGAAGCACGGUGCAAAAUGUUCAGACUGAGCUGAAAACCAUCAAGGACCAGAUCUCACAAGUGACCAAUAAAAUUCCACUCGAAUCACUGCAAAGUCUCUCGAACGAGAUCAGCGUUGCACGUGGCUAUGUUGACCAAUAUAGUCCUGAAGCAGAGGACGUCGAGACAUACAGGUGGAUUGUGGGAGCGGUGAUGUGCUGCCUGAUCCUGCUGGUGGUCGUGUGUAAUCUCCUGGGUCUCUUCCUGGGUCCGGCGGGCCUGAACUCCAUGACGGAACCCACGCACCGUUCCUGCACAGCCGACUGCGGAGGAGCCUUCUUUAUGGCAGGUGCUGGUUUCAGCUUCCUCUUCUCGUGGAUCUUCAUGCUGCUCGUUUUGAUCCUGUUCCUGGUCGGGGGGAACACUUACACCCUCAUCUGUAAGCCAUGGAGAAGUCAGGAGCUCUUCCAGAUCAUCGAUACACCAGGAUUGAUCCCAGGGUUCAAUCUGUCUGAAUCUCUCGGCCUGAAAUCUGAGCUGACAAUCACGGACAUCUACAGCGACUGCAGCAAGAACAAGUCUCUGUGGAUCACACUUCACCUGGAGGAGGUCAUUAACCUGAAUGAGUUCCUAAAUGUCUCCCAGUACACAGAGGAUAUCAAGGAGAGCUUUGAGAACACUGAUAUCUCCAUAGCAACUGUCACUCUUCUGACCCCUGCCAUUGUUACCCAGUUGAAGAGUUUCUCUGACAAAGCAGGAAGUGUCAACUUCAACAGUGCCAUAGAUCAGAUCAAUACAUUUUCCACUUUUGGGGCAAAUCUGACGGCGAUAGCAAGCAGGUUGGACCAGCUUGCAGUCAUUCAACCUGAUGCAGGUAUUAUGUCAGAGUUACGUCAGGAGGCAGAAGACCUGAGAAGCAUCAGCAAUGAAUUUAAUGUGACCAUCAAACCACAGCUACUGGAAGUGAAAUCCUCAAUUGAAAGUCUGACUGCCAACGCUUCACAGAUCAACGAGACGGUUGGGGACGUGCUGCAGAAGGCUGAAGCGGCGCAGAGCUUCCUGAACAGCAACACGUCGCAGAUGGUGAAGGACGAAAGCAGGGACUUUCUGGACUGUCAACUGAAAUACUUCACUGCUUUUGCUGAGUGGGCCAACGAAACGAUCACACAGCAGCUGGGUCAGUGCGGUCCAGUGGCAAGGGCUGUGGACUCAGCAGAAGCCAUCGUCUGCACACACAUAGUGGAGGCGCUGAAUGCCUUUUGGUUCAGUCUGGGCUGGUGUAUGCUCUUCCUCAUCCCCAGCAUCAUCCUCUCCAUCAAGCUGGCCAAGUACUACCGCAGGAUGAAGGAGACGGAUGUCUUUGAGAAUCCCAUACCUCUGACCUUCAUCCCACGUGCCGUCAUGAAGGCGCACUGAGAGGGAUGCAGGAGUUACAGUUUUCUGCAGUCAUCCUCAGGGAAUCUAACAUGGCUGCCCCUCCUGUCAGGACCGAAUAACAACACAAUGAUUUAAACUUUGUCAAAACGCAACAACACACACACACACACACACACACACACACACACACCAGUUACAGGAUCUCACACCUCAUAUCCAAAAAAGAAAUGUCCACAGAAGUCGGCAGGCCUUUAUGAUAGUUAUACUAAAUAUAGGAUCAUCAGUAUCAAUGCCACGUGUCAGGGGAGUCCUGUUGCCAUACAUCAAAAGUCUGUCAAACAUUUCAUUUUUUUCUUUUAUGCGCUCUCUUUUCAAAUUUUGCACAGUUACAUCGUUUUUGUACAAAUAUUUUUCUAAUUGAGACUGUACAUGUUUGUUGAUGGAAAAUGUGAUUUGUUGUAUACCCAGGAAUAAUCAAGACAAGCAUUUCAAAGCACUUUACUUGGUCUUAAAGAUAACAACAUUCGUCUCGAUGGAAGUCAGACAAGCAUUGUGCAAAGAUACUGUAUUAAAAAGGUACUACUGACUGAUAAAACACUA